AUGCCCCUGCACCUACUCCCGAAGAAAUCAUGGCACGUCGCCAACGCAGAGAACAUCGCUCGGGUGAAGCGGGAUGAAGCUCGUGCUGCCGCGCUCGAGGAAGAGGAAGACCGGAUAUUGGAUGAAUACGAUGCAGCGAAACGCCUGGCAAUCCUGAGCGGGACAACGCCGCCUCCGCCACCAGCACGACUUACCGAAGAGGAUCGCAAGCGACGUCUCCGCGACGAUGACGUGUCGGGUGAGAAAGGCCGUGGGCAGGACAGGAUCAAGAGGAGACGACAUGGGGAAGACGACACCGAGAGAGACAUCCGGUUGGCACAGAAUACAGUGUCCGUCCACUCUACAGCUGUCCAGGCGGAGCAGGAUGUGGGAUGGGGUGGCAGUCGCAGCAUUCGUCAUGGGAAAGAUGGAAAUGCUGCCGUCAUCGACCACCAAGGUCAUAUCAACCUGUUUCCCGCCCCGGAGGUCCCGGUGAGGAACGCCGAUGCAGAGAUUAAGGAUAAACGAGAUCGGAAAGAGCGGCAGUUGAUGCGGGAGAGCGGAGAGGGAAUGAAGCUUGUCGAUGCUUCUGGAUACAAUCCGGAUUCACGGGCUCCAUGGUACACAGCUCGCGCCACUGCGAACCUCCCCGCCUCGAAGUACGACGUCACGGAAGACAGUGGCAGGCGAGACCGCAAGAGCGAGGCAUUUGCUCUGGUUGAAAGCAAGGACGUUUGGGGGAAGCCCGACCCUCGUCGAAUCGAGCGCGAAAGGACGCGAGUUACUUCCAACGACCCGUUUGCCCUUAUGAAAACCGCGCAAACGAAGCUGAAGCAAGUGGAAAAGCAACGCAAGGAUUGGGUCAACGAGCGGGAAGCGGAAGAGGCAGCGCUGCGACGCAGUCAGGAGGGUUCUUCCUCCCGGAAACGGAAGCAUGAAGACCGCCGCAAGAGAGCAAGGUCCAUCAGCCGAGCAAGUAUCGAUAUCGACGACGCGGACAGUCUGGACGGGUUUUCCCUCGAUGCCAAGGAGGGACGCCGGGCGAGCGCCCAACGUGUCCCGGAACGAUCCCGCGAUGACAGGCGUCAUGCAAGGCACCAGCACCGAUUGAAAUCCAGACCUCGCAGUAGAAGCAGGGAUACGAGUCGCCGACGACGCCAUGGUGACAGCCACGGUCGUCGUGACGAUCGCCAUCCUCAUGGUUAA